AUGGUUAUUAGCGCCGGGUUUUCAAUUGUCGACUAUCUUGUAUUCGGGCUAUUGUUGGCCACAUCGUCGGCAAUCGGUAUUUACUUUUGGUUCAGUGGCCGCCGUAAUAAUCGCGAAACCAGUGACGAGUUUUUGACCGGCAAUCGCCAGUUGGCAGUAUUGCCGGUUACACUGUCAUUGGUGGCCACUUUUGCGUCGACCAAUACGCUGCUUGGUUUGCCGGCCGAAGUCUAUCAGGUGGGCACCCAGAUAUCGGUUCAGGUCAUAUCGUUUAUUGUGGCCAUUGUGUUGGCCGCCGAAGUAUUUAUGCCCAUCUAUUACCGUUUGGGACUAUUGAGUGUCAAUGAGUAAUUUAUUAUUAUAUAUAAGUAAUAAAUAAUUACUUUAUUUAUUUUUUUUAAUUAAAUUUUUAUGUCCCAGUAUUUGGCCAAAAGAUUUAACUCCGGGUACAUACGUAUGGCGGGAACCGUUGGUUUUAUUUUAUCAAAUACUCCAUAUAUGGCAAUUGUUUUAUAUGGUCCGGCAUUGGCAUUAAGCUCCGUUACCCCACUAUCUAUAUCGACAUCUAUUAUUGUUGUCGGAGUUAUCUGUACUUUCUAUACAACAAUUGGUGGCAUUAAAGCUGUUAUAUGGACUGAUUGUAUACAAUGUAUACUAAUGUUUUUGGGUGUCCUAAUGGUUAUCAUACAAGGUAUUUCAGAAGUCGGAGGUAUAGCCAAAGUAUGGCAUAUCAAUGAAAUGGGCGGUCGACUCAAGUUUUUUAAUAUGCAAUUUGAUGUCUACAAUCACGACAACUUGUGGAACGUCCUAAUCGGUACAACCAUCUCAUGGACAGCCGUCUACUGUAUCAAUCAGGCACAGGUUCAGCGAUACAUUAGUAUGGAAUCGGCGGCUAAAGCCAAACGUACCCUCUACUGGAAUCUACCUGGGCUAAUACUGUUGAUCGGGAUGGCCAUACUAAGCGGUAUGAUUAUAUACGCCAAAUAUCAUGAUUGCGAUCCAAUCACUUUGGGACUAAUCAGCCGACACGACCAACUGAUGCCCUACUUUGUAAUGGACACACUAUCGAAAUAUCCGGGACUGCCCGGCCUAUUUGUAGCAUGCAUAUUUAGCGGUGCGCUUAGUACAUUAUCAUCUGGUUUUAAUGCAUUGGCUACCAUAACAUGGAUAGAUAUAGUUAAACCAUGUUUGAAAAUAGCCAGCGAUAGACAGGCGCUAAACAUAACUAAGCUAUUAGCCAUGUCCUAUGGACUGUUGGCAAUAGCCAUGUCCUAUGGUGUGGGCAAUGCCGGCACAGUAAUGCAGGCAUCGUUAGCAUUGUCUGGAUCAACACUGGGACCAAUGUUUGCAUUGUUUAUUAUCGGGAUAUUCUAUCCCUAUGCAACAUCAUUGGCGACACUAAUUGGUUUUAUAACCGGUUUAUCCGUGAGUUAUAUGUUAUCAAUUGGUUCAAUGAUUAUACCGCGACCUAAAGUGGCGUUACCGACAACUAUCGACUCGUGCGCCGUCCAUCUGAUCCAUGAAUAUCAUCUGAUGUUUGGAUCAAACACAACGACAUUUUUAAUUAAUAAAUAUUUUGUUUUGUUUGUCUGAUUUAGUGGUUUUGGUAAACUGUUUCACAUAUCCUAUCUAUUGAUGACAACCAUUGGUUUAGUUAUAUCAUUGUUUGUUACCAUAAUUUUAAGUCUAUGCAUAGGCAAACGUAAUGAUAAUAUAGAUCCGAGUCUAUUGUCACCGAUUGUUAGAUACAUAUAUCCAUUGAAUAGAAAACAGCAAAUAUAUUAUACAUCAAUUCAAAAGGAUUUACUUAAUAAAGACACAUCAUUAUAA